AUGGAUGUUCCUUAUACUGGUAAAGGGAAGAAAGGGAAGAAAGGCGCCGGGUUUUGCAUCACCCCAGAUCGCAUCACCCCAGAGGAGCCUGUAGAUGUCAAUUUACACGAGAAGGGUCUGCAUGAACGCGCACCGACUCGAAUCAUCCAAGAGGAGCCUGUAGAUGUCAAUUUGCAUACCGAAGCGUCAAGGGAACAGGUCCUUGACGCCGUGUUGAAGAUGUCUCUCGCCGCGGGAGAUUUCGCAGACACGAAGUUCUACGUUUUUUCUGCGCGCACUCAGUCUGGCACUGUGAGCAAGCCUCUCGCCGUCUUCGCGAACAGCGUCGCCGUCAGGAAAGCGUCGCCUCAUUUCGAGCGUCUGUUGUCCGGGGGAUUCAUGGAGAGUCAGGUCACCGCCUUGGAUGCAGAGAACCAUCUCCCUCAGAAUUUAUUCACAGACGAGUAUGAUUACGACUCUGACAGUGAUCUGGAUGACGACGAAGAUGAGACUGAUGGGCGAGGUUCCCAAGCUGCUCUUCUGACACCGAAGGGCAAGCUAGCGGACUUUCAUGACGAAGAAAAUAUUUCGGCGCUUACAGAAUUCCAGGAAGACAAUCUUCAGGUGCCUAGUACUUCAAGCGAGAAAACUCUCAAUACCUCUGAUCCCAUUCAGACCUUUCCGCGAGGAGGAAGAAUUGGCCAAACGGUCUAUAUCAAGGACAUAGCGUUUAAAACCUGGCAGGCUUUCAUUUUCUACGUAUACACUGGCAAAGUUGAGUUCGCGCCUCUCAAGUCUCAGGGACAAAGUGCGCGUGGUGCGAGCGUCGAUGAGCGCGCAAUGUUAUCCCGGCCUCCACGCUGCUCUCCCAAAUCGAUGUAUCGUCUUGCCGAAAAGUACGACUUGAAGGAACUGAAGGACUUGGCUGCGAAAGAUCUGGAGUCGAAGUUGUCCAAGGAGAACAUUUUACACGAAGUCUUUUCUGGAUUCACUUCGAGAUAUCCAGAAAUAUCCACAAAACAGGUCGAAUUCUUGAGCAACAACGUAGGGUCCGUCGUGUCACAAUUGCCGCAGUGGAUAGAUAGUAUCGCUGCGGGCCAUUUGCCACACAGCGCCGACAUACUAGUAUCCUUCAUUCAGAAAGUAGUGGCAUCGAAAACGAUCACAGAACCUGAGCCAGUGUGUAGAUAUUGCCGCUCUUCGGGGUAUAACCGCACUUGUAGCAGCUGCAGCCGGGCGAUGUAG